GUUGAGCAAUGUGAUUGCUGAGAAACAGAGAAAGAGAUGUAUCUGAAGAAGCCGAUAUGGAGCGAUGGCCCGUCGUCGACGCCGGCGAAUCCAUCGGAAUCAGAGAACGAUCAGGAACCAGACGCGGCGACGAUGGUAGUCGAAGAGCUCGUGACGUCACUCAACACACAGAGACUCUACAGAGAGCUGACACUCUCCCUCCGAACAGGCUUACGCGACGCAUGCGCCGAGUUCUCCUUCCUCCGCAUCCGCGGCCUUCGAUCUCUCCUCAAAACUCUCCGAUCUAUCGCCGAAUCAGAUUCCAUCAUUCGCCUCUUCUCUCACACCCAAACCAUCUCCGAUCUCCAACUGGUUCCGGUGCUAUUUCGACAUUCGUUGAAAGAAGGGGAGGAUGAUAGAGUGACGAGCUUGGAUCAUAUAUUUAGUGUUGAGCCGAUGAAGAUAACGAGUCCUUCUACUGAUGAUGAGGUUGCGGUUGCUCUUAGGGUGCUUGAAGGAUGCUGCCUUCUACAUCCUCAGAGCACUGUUUUAGCUCAUAAGCACGGCGCAGUUCGCGUAAUGAUGAAUAUAUUAUCAACACGAGGAGUACUUGAGCAAGGUGCCUGCUUAGAUGCCUUAAUCUCAAUAUUAUUGGAUUCAUCGGCAAAUCAGGUGGAUUUUGGAGCCUGCAAUGGGAUUGAGGAGGUUGCAAUGCUCAUGCGAGACAAACAAGCUGAUGAAAAUCUCAGGUUAAGAUGCGGAGAGUUCUUACUACUGUUAGUUGGGCAUGUCAAUGGGAAAGACAGAUCUCCCAUAGCGAGUGUUAAUGAAGACAUCAGACGCCUUCUUGGUGAAAAAUCAGCUUCUUUAAUAUGGGCGGCUAGUCAAUUCGGUUCAACAGGUGACCCUGCACAAAGAAUCACUGCUCUUCACAUUCAGGCUGGUAGAGUGCUCGAGUCUCUUGACUUGUACUAAUUGUCCGAACUCCUUUUGUUGAUUUUCUCUUACUGUUUUACGUAAUGCAAAGUUUAAAUGUGUAAAAACCUAUUCAAUAUCAUUUCCUGACUAUUACUCUUCUUAAGUUUGGAGGAAUUCUUGUAUUAGCCUCUAAUUCAUAUUCCUCUUUCAUUCUUU